UUAAGGUCCUGUGUCAUUGGAUGUUACAUUGCAGAGGAUUAUUUUCUUGAAAAACAGGGCAUUUUUUUCCUCCUGGAUUUGUUGGCAUUAAAGCGAAAGAACCUGUGCAAUAUAAUUCUUGGAAUCUUGGUUGAAUUUUGUGACAACCCUAAAACCACUUCGCACAUCAGUACCUGGCGAGGGGAGAAAGAUCAAACAGCAGCUAACCUUCUAAUACAGUUAUGGAGACAGGAAGAAUUGGACCUAGGAGUCAAACGUGAUCAAUAUGGAAGGAUUGUUGACAUGAAGAGACCUAUUGCUAGCAGCUUCCAGAAGCAGCAAGAGGUCAUCCCCAUGCCUGCCAACUGUCCCAGCUUUGCCAUCAUGGAAAUUUCAGAAAACAUACGGGCAAAACUUUAUUCAUUAUUGUGCAAGCUAGGUUUUGAAAAUUUACCUGGCUUAUCUGCUAAGGAUUUUGUCACACUUGCUAUCAUACGGCGUUACAUUGACUUCAAAGUUGGAGAAGUUUGGAGUGAACUGUGUGCAGAACUAAAAGAAGAAUUCAGGCCUGUUGCAUCAGAUGAGGAAGCCUUGAAAGUUAUUUCAGAGAUAUCGGAAGACACUGGAAGAAUGGUUGCUGCUCUGCAGACUGAAGUGCUUGAAAGUCAACACCACCAAGAAAUCCAAGAGGAGGAAAAAACGUAUACAAAGAGCCAAGCUAUCCAUAAGCAGAGAGAAAUGGUAAAUAAAUGUUGGGAAAAUUUCUUGACUCGGACAUCAAACUAUGAGGCAUUGAAGAAAGCAAAAAGGCUUCAGGAAAAAUCAAUAGAGGCUUCCAGAUCUAAAUUGAAGACUCAAAAUGGAGCAGUCCAUUCUACUGAUAUUAAAGGCCUCGGUACAACAAUUGGAUCUGGUCGCUUGGUAACUGUCGAAAGUACACCUCAAUUAAUUGGAGGGCCACUGGCUGUUACAGACCUCGCUCUUAGAAAGCCCUCUGUUUGUGAAGGAGCCUUAAAAAAGAUCAAAAGAGUUAAAACGUUGGACUCAGUCAAGAAAGAUUCAGUACCUGUAGAAUAG